GCGGGGGAGAGAAGAUCUUGUGCAACCGUUUAAAGCGUAUGGAAGUUCGAUUUUGGUGAAAGGUCGGUGAAUUUUGCAUGAAAUGCUUCGUUCGCCCGGUACAAUAACGAGAGAAGGUGUUCGAGAAGUGAUACACGAUCUGUUGAGUCACAUUUUGGUAAAAAACGGUUUCAAUUUUGAAAGAUUCGAGCCAAAUCCUAGCCCUGAUAUAAACCAAGUCCAUGUGCGCCGCACAGUAGAUGCAUUGAUCGAUGACUCGAGCGAACUUUUCACAAAUUUGGGCGACCAACUGCACAUGACAUCGGAGAAUAUUCAAGUGAUAUUUCUGGGGAUUUCAGAUGAGAUUUUUGUAACAGGAAUAAACUGGGGGCGAAUCGUUGCCUUUUUGGCCUUCGGUGGAUCUGUUGCCGUACAUUGUGCUAAUAAUUCGCAACUUUGGCCAUUUCUGGACGAUAUACCCGAAUGGAUGACCGAAUAUGUGGAAACAAACUUACGAGAUUGGAUCGAAGCCCAUGGAAGCUGGGUACGUAUCAGCAAUAAUAUGCGAACAAUAUGUGCUAUAUGUCAUAGGGUUCUUUAAUAUAAGAUUUGUAACACUUAAAUGACUUAAUAAAUGUGAGAUGUAUAACAGCAACAGGGUUAUAUGCUUGAACGGGGUAAUAGUAAGACAACUUUGAUACUAUCAGGGAAGCAAGUGCCUGAAAUAUUCAAGCGGAACUUCCAGAUGUUUCGAGCGAAGGUAUAUCAUUUUUUUCAAGUAGUUGCAUUCUUAUCAAUUCAAAGUUUUCUUGGCAAGGGUUAUAUAGUAUUUUUUGAGCUGUUUUAAGUCACUGUAAUAAAUUCUUGAACGAACUAGUAUUUCAACAGCAAUUUAACGCGAAAUUUGAAUCAAUUCACGGAGCAUUUUGAUGUAAGGAAAACGAGUUUUAAAGCAACAUUAAUUUAAAGGGAGCUUAGUGUGUGAUAUUUGUUUACAAUACGACUGCAAAAUGUAAAUGUCAAUAAUGGGAAAUAUUUUAGAAGUUUGGCUCCUACAGUGAAUAUCUGUCAUAGAAGUUCGAGUUAAAGCAAACCAAUAAGCAUUUUUUUGCGUGCGUUUUAGCACGAAUUUUAUAGAAUAUGAAUAACAAUAUGCAAAUAUAUAGGAAAUACAAUAUAUAUUCGCCCAUAUUUUCGAUGCUUUCUGGUGGACCGGUGGCCAAAAAUUUAAAUAUGUCAUUCCUAAAAUAUAUCGAGCAUUUUUUAAUAAAAUUGAUUUGGUUGUGAUAUUUAAUACCCUUGUUCUCCCGGAGGUUUAUUUUCAUCGCAUAUGUUACUGUAAAUAUUCAAUUAAAUUGAAUUGCAAUUAUGAAGGGUAUAUUUUGAGGUUAUAAUAAAAGCUGCAAUUUAAAGAAGGAAGUUAUGUUACUGUAAAUAAUUCACUUUCAAUAUUGUUGAAGUAUUUUGAUAUAGGUUUUUGACUUUUCAAAACCUAAUAAGGAUAUAAGCUUUUAACACCUAUAUUGUAAUUCCUGGAGGUGGGAUAAGGGUCAUCCCCUAUUCAUCCAUACAAAAGGAAACCUGAAUACUGGAUAGCUUUAUCAGUUCUAAACUGUUCUCCCUAGAGGUCCAGUAAGGGCCUGUUUGUAUGAUCCCGCCUAGGCGAGUUUCCCAUCCAGGCGGGAUAGUGUGUUUAUAUGGGCAGAAUAUAUUGCCGGGAUGAAGCCAUUUAAGUGCUUGAUGUCAUAUUUUUUGCAGAAAAGGCAUUUACGCAUGCUCAAGGGAAAAGUACAGGCGGGAUGAAAUGUUUAUAUGGGAAAAUGUUUAUAUGGGCAUCUGUUGCCAAGAUCCCGUCUAGGCGGGAUAAUUUUAAGUGGCGGGAUCAUAUAAACACUCAUUAUUAGAAUUUGUAAACCUAAACUAACUUUAUUUAUACUGGAUAGCUCUAUCAAGGAUUACCUCUUAUUGAACCAGUGUAACCCCAGUCAUAAAAUACGUCCCUAAUGUGUAGAAUGCUAAGACUUGAUAAACUUAACAAACUUGUUACUCCUCACUGAUUACAUUUAUCCAUUAUAGGCUGGAUUUGUGACUUUCUUUAAACAACCUGGAGCAGAUAAUUUCUUCCCUAACGAACUUGACUUUAAAAACUGGAGUCUAUUUGCCCUCGCUGGCUUCAGCAUCGGAGCUCUGCUAAUGUUUGCCUCCAAGCAAAUACAAUGAGUCGUUCGGUUACCUGGAAACACAUGGUUAUUUAUCCAAGAUCUAAGUCUUAUUGCUUCACACAACAAAAACCUCAAUCCGUUGUGGGGUAAUAUAUUUUCAUCAGGUCAUUUCCAUUGAAGAUUUGUAGCAUGUGUUUGCAGCAAAAUAAACAGGUAGUCAUGCAAACCAAAAGUCAGUCGGUAACUUUGUUUUAAAGGUUUGGCGUUGUGUUGUCUUCGAGGAAGACUUUGUUCAUAUUAUGUUCUAAGUAAGCCUUUUUUCAAGGCAGGAAAAUACUUGAGGUGUCAUGGUAUAGCCGGCUGUAUUAGAGGGUUUGGCCACAGAGUAGAUACAUACAGAGUUGUAACUAGUGUACCCACUUUUUUUGUGUGCAUGCUCGGUAGGUUACUAGAGGCAUGCAUCCCCAUUCGAUGGCGGCUCGCUUUUACUGCUUGCGGAACUUGCCGAGCACGAGCAGUUGAUUUUUUUGCCCAGCCGCCUGUCAAAAAAGUGAGUACAUGAAAAUGUAAGUUCCCACAGUGUUUACGACAGCCUGUUACAACUCUGUAUGUACCUACUCUGUGGUUUGGGUAAUGAGAGAUACCUACACAGAGUAGCCCUCUAAUACUGGCAGCUAUGCACUGCUACAUCUUGGGGCGAGGGAUAAGCAGUUUUAUGGAUAUAUUAGCCAUUCUGAAGUUGAUGAGAUGCCUGGGGACAAGUGUUAAAAAGUGCCCAAAUUAAGAAAUGAACCAAGUAUACAAAGUUUGAAGACGUUCACAUGAAUACCCUUCAAAUAAUAAGCUUUCGAAAAUUGCGAUGUUUACUAUGAAAUGUACUGUAAUUUUUGUUUUGGGGGACGCACAUCCCAAAUCAGUAAUUUCAUCAUUUUCGAAAGCUUAUUAUUCGAAGGUAUUCAUGUAAACAUCUUCAAACUUUGUAUACUGACUAAUUUCAAGGUGGUCGUUUUAGUGAUUUGGUUCAUUCCCUAAUUUGAGCACUUUUUAACACUCGUCCCCAGUCCACUCAUCAACUUCGGAAUGGCUAAUUUAGGUUUUGUUUUUGAAACCAUGUUUUCUGAUUCAAUGUCCACCUUUGGAGAAUGUUUCUAGGGAAAAAAUUCCUAGUUUGCACACUUUGUGAACAUGGGUAUAGGAAAAAAUACUAUAUACUAUAUACGUUAGGACUAAAUUGAUAGACUUGGCCACGCAUCUCAGAUCAAUUUGGAUAGUUUUUGUAAACUAUAUAAGUUUGUUCUCUAUGGAAAUACGAGAGCUUGUAGCAGUUAUCAGAUUCAUUACAUCCAAACCAAUUUGUGAUCUGUGGUCAGUUUAUGACGUAUGCACACAUGCAGAUAUAUAGUUACUACUAGUUAGACAAGUUUAUAUUAUGUUAGGUAGAUAUUGGGUUUUAGCAACAAUUGAAUAUAGGUGCUUUUCAUUGAAGUGUUUUACAUAUUACACACAUAAAAAUCUCACAUCUUGUAGCAAGUCUGCCAACAAGCCGUCAACAAGUUGUGUUCGUACUGUUUGUCCCAAGUUGUCAACAAGUUUGAAACAAGCUGUUACCAACUUCUAGCAGCCUUGUUGAUAUUAUCGGACUUGUUGCAAGGUUGUUGCAACUGUAAGUCCGAUGCAGUCGUGACAUAACAAUAUUGUUACAACCUUGUGGGAUCAUGCAAGCUUGUAACAUUCUUGUUAUAUCAUGAUUGUAUUAGACUUGUUAAAACAACCUUGGAAUGCUGUCAAGCUUGUGAGAAGUUAUUAACAGUUUGUUCCAAACUUGUUACAGAAAAAGUGCAAAGGUGAGCAUUUUUUAAUGUAUGACAUCAUCAAAUAAUAUUCUCUACCGUGGUAAAGACACAUUGAGUAUUCAGAAGAUUUUAAGCAUAUAAUAUGAAAAAUACAGUUGAGGCAUUUAUGAACUGUGUUGACAAAUACUCAUUGUGACAUACUGUUUCUAUAAAAUCAAAACUACUCUUUGUUAGGGCAUGCCCCUACUUCGCCAGUCCUUGCAAAUGGUAGUUAUCACUCUGAUUAAGAUAAGUGAUUAUUUUAAAGAGUUGAUGCAUUAUCACCUAUAUUGAAAUUCACUUCACUGAAAUUCACCUAUAUUGGUUGUAUUGUGGAAUAAAUAUUCUUUUUUGGCUGUUAAGUUUACUUAAUUAUUAAAAUAGAGUAUUUAAUUCAGAUUUGAUUAUAGGCAUUUAUAAGUUGUGUUCUCUGUGGGUGGUUUUGUUAAUAUUUCAAAGGGUUAUAUUAAAUCGAUUAUUAGUGCUAAUAUUGGUCUGUUUUGUGUAGCUUAUUUGACGAUUGUUAAAAUAUGACUGUGCUGCUGCAACGGAAUCGCAGGUUCGAUUCCUGCGAAAGGGCCCGAUAGUUGCAUUUUUCGCAACUGCUAUUAGG